GCGCGGCGCGGGAGUCCCGUGCGGCGCGCGCCCCACCAUGUUCCUCUACCGCAGCGCCGCCUGGUUCGCCAAGGGGCUGCGCGAAUACACCAAGAGUGGCUAUGAAUCUGCAUCUAAGGACUUUGUCCCUGAUGACUUGGAAGUCCAAGUUCCUGGAAGAGCCUUCUUGGUCACCGGAGGGAACAGUGGCAUUGGAAAAGCAACUGCCAUUGAAAUAGCCAAGCGAGGUGGCACAGUUCACCUGGCUUGUCGAGAUCCAGAACGAGCUGCAGGUGCCAAAGGGGAGAUCAUCAGGGAGAGCGGUAACCAGAACAUCUUUCUACACAUUGUGGACUUAUCUGAGCCCAAGAAAAUCUGGAAAUUUGUUGAAAAUUUCAAGCAGGAACAUAAACUCCACGUUCUGAUCAAUAAUGCAGGUUGCAUGGUCAAUGAAAGAGAACUCACAGAAGAUGGACUUGAAAAAAACUUUGCUACCAAUACUCUGGGUGUGUAUAUUCUCACGACUGCCCUGAUCCCUGUGCUGGAGAAAGAACAUGACCCCAGAGUGAUAACAGUCUCUUCAGGAGGAAUGUUGGUUCAGAAAUUGAACACCAGUGAUCUGCAGUCAGAAAGGGCAGCAUUUAAUGGAACUAUGGUCUAUGCACAAAACAAGAGGCAGCAAGUGGUUCUGACAGAGCGGUGGGCUCAGAUGCACCCGGCCAUCCACUUCUCUUCAGUGCAUCCUGGCUGGGUCGACACUCCAGCUGUGAGGCUGUCCAUGCCAGGGUUCCACGCCAGGCUCGGGGACAGACUGCGCUCUGCGGCCCAGGGCGCAGACACCGUGCUGUGGCUCCCCGUCUCCCCUGCAGCGGCCGCGCACCCCAGCGGCCUCUUCUUUCAAGAUCGGAAACCAGUUUCUACGCACUUGCCUCUUGCUAGAACAUCCUCCUCACCGGCGGAAGAGGAAAAGCUCAUGGAAAUCCUGGAGCAGCUGGCUCAGAGAUUUAAAUAGGCCAGGCCAGACCCAACUCGGGGCCAGACGCACCCUAGCCUUGGAAAACGUGAGAAGGUGUGAACUGGGGGCCAGCGAACAGACUCCCCAACUUCUCCCUGAAGAUGCUGCCAUAGCAACGACACAUCUAUGAGGAAUGGAAACUUUUAUUUUAAAAUAAAUAAUUUUGGGCCUUGUGAACAAGCUAACUUGAUCUUCUGCAGCAGCUUCUUUUCUUGUUUAACUCUCAUUUAUCUGAGAUGGUUUUUACUAAAAACUCUAAGAUUAGCCAACACUGUCGGUCUGCGGGGAGACGGGGUGGGAGGAAGAGCACAUGUGGGUUCUCCCUUCUCUGCGCCUUUCUCGGCUCCUCAGUGUCUGAGGCCGACCGCUGUGCCUGUGCCCGGAGAGGGCUGUACACUGCCUCUGCCCCCAGGAGCACAGUACAGCAAAGCACAGACCGUGCAUAUCCACAUAGACGAUUUAAAUGAGGCCUAGUUUACAUCUGCUUAAGACUGGGAGUGCCUUCCAUCAUUCACCUGGCAUUCUGGUGCUAUACUUUGAUAAAACCUCUAAAUUACAUUUUACCUCUUAGUGAUUACAAGAAAAGUUGUAAUAAAACCAAUAAACAGAUUUUAGAAUACAUUUA